AUAUAUUGUAUUUGCUAAGGUGUUUUUAUGUAUCGUCUCCAGUUUUUCUUAAAUAAAUUAACAAAAAUUUUUUGAAAUAUAUUUUAAUUAGUUUAGAUUGCAAUAAAGAAACAUUAAUGUCAAAUAAAGAACGAAGAACGCCGUGACAAAGUAGAAACAAAAAAACGAAAUUAAAUAUAUAUCGAUUAAAAAUAUAACAGAAAAAGAAACAUUCGGAAAAUUGCAAUAAAAAAUUUGAACGAUUGUAUUCGUAAAAUUAAUUAAUAAUUAUUAUAAGGCAACGAUUUGCAUUUUUAUAUAGAAGUUGGCUUAGUGCAAUACGAAAAUGUUUUUGGGACGUGGAAAGCUUGAAGUAAAGAUUGAAAAAGCGACAAGUGAGAAUAAUGUGAACGAAAAUUGGGGAUCAAUACUCGAUGUAUGCGAUAUGGUCACUUCAAAUACUGGUUCAGCUAAGGAAUGUCUAAGAGCAAUUUUGAAACGAAUGAAUCAUGAAGAUCCACAUGUUAUUAUGCAGGCUAUAACACUUUUGGAUGCAUGCUCAAGUAAUUGUGGCAAGCCGUUCCAUCUAGUGAUUGCUUCAUAUGAGUUUGAAACUGAAUUUCGACGCUUAUUAACAAAAUCACAACCAAAAGUGGCAGCUCGAAUGUGUCAGGUGCUAAAAUCUUGGGCUGAAACUGAUUAUAAAAAAGAUCCUGAGCUAAAUUUAAUCCCUUCACUGUGCGAGAAACUUAUGCAUGAAGAUUAUGAUUUUGGUAGUUUAUCUGAUAAACCAAAAUCAAAAUCAUCUGCAUCAAAGGAGCAAAAUGCUGCAAAUACUCAACAACAAGAAGAAGCUGAAAUUGCCUAUGCGAUUCAACUAUCGCUGAAAGAUUCCAAAUCUAGUCCGAAACAUCAAGUUGGUUCUAGCAGUGCUACUAGUAACACCAGUUCAGCUUAUCCUUCACUGUAUCCAUCAGUAGCGGGUGCCGGUUCGUUAGGAAGUGUUAAUUCAACUGGUACUGGUUCCAAUAAUUCAGCAACAUCACAAACAGAACCACGUAAAGUGCGUGCUUUAUAUGAUUUUGAAGCUGCUGAAGAAAAUGAAUUGACUUUCUUUGCUGGUGAAAUUAUACACGUUUUAGAUGAUACAGAUCCGAAUUGGUGGAAGGGUAUGAAUCAACGUGGUGAUGGUUUGUUCCCAUCUAAUUUUGUUACUGCAGACUUAUCUGUUGAUCCAGAACGUUUAGAUAUUAACCAACAAAGUAAGUCAAAGAAAAAUGUACAAUUUGAUGAUGACGUUAAGGAGCUGCAACAAAAGACUGAAGCUGCUGCCGUUGCAGCUGCCAAUCAACAAGUUGAAAUUGAUGAAAUAAAAAUAGAUCGUUUGCUGCAUUUGUUGCAUGAGGCAAAUCCUGAAGAUCCAUCACAAGAUAGCGAUGAAAUGUUACGCUUAGAACAAGAAGUACAUCAAAUGGGUCCUUUAAUUGAUGCAGAACUUGAACAUAUUGAUCGCAAGCAUGCACAAUUAACGCAAUUGUCGAGUGAUUUGGUAGAUGCAAUUAAUAUGUAUCAUUCUUUGAUGCGUGAUGGUGCCAUGAUGAAUAAUGGUAAUAUUUUACGAAGUGGUAAUAUGAUGCAACAAUACCCAGGUUACGGUGCGUCUCCUGAACAGAGGGGGUCUACGUGGGGGUUACGUGGUUAUGCUCCUCAAAUGUCCGCUAACUAUGGGCUUCAUUCGUUACCAUACAGCAAUACAGGUCAAUUACCACCAAUGACAGUACCACCAACAAAUGAUGCAUCAAUUCCUAAUACAGAUAUUAUGGGUGUGCCUGGUAGUACUUUUCCACCAAACGCGCAGUUACCAAUUUUAAGCGUUGGCCAGCAGCAAAUAUCUGUGCCAAUGUCACUACAAAAUGGACAUCUUAAUUCACAACCAAUGAAUAGCCUUAUGAAUGCAUUGCCACACAUAAAUUCGUCAAUGCCACUUGGACAACAAAUGCAACAUCCACAUCCACAUCCACAAAAUUUUCAAAUGUUACCACAGCAAACACAACAGCAAUUACCACCACAAUCGCAGUAUCCACAGAUAAGAAUAAAUGGGAUACUAGCUCCUAACGGAAAGAAACCUUGCGAUCAUGAUUGA